UGUGUGUAUGCGCGUCAGAGUGCGUUUCUCCCUCACUCCCUCUCGUCCCCUUUCUCGUGUGGAGGAAAGCGAAGCAAUGGCUUUGAAGCUCGAUCCACUCUCCGUUCAGUCCCAAAAAUUUACUUCUUUUGGUCUUCCUUCUGUGGCCAAUCUCAGAUCUCCGAGGGUUUACAUGGCUUCCACCCUUCGUUCCAGCACCAAGGAGGUUGAAAAUUUGAGAAAGCCUUUCAGCCCUCCCCGUGAGGUACAUGUUCAGGUAACCCACUCCAUGCCACCACAAAAUAUUGAGAUAUUCAAAUCUAUGGAGGAUUGGGCAGAGCAGAAUGUCUUGGUACACUUGAAGCCUGUUGAGAAAUGCUGGCAACCACAGGAUUUUCUGCCAGACCCUUCCUCAGAGGGAUUCUAUGAACAAGUCAAGGAACUAAGGGAGCGAUCAAAGGAGAUUCCUGAUGACUACUUUGUUGUCUUGGUUGGAGAUAUGAUUACAGAAGAAGCCCUUCCUACUUACCAAACAAUGCUUAAUACCCUAGAUGGGGUUCGUGAUGAAACAGGUGCAAGCCUCACUUCUUGGGCAGUGUGGACAAGGGCAUGGACUGCCGAAGAAAAUAGGCAUGGGGACCUUCUCAACAAGUACCUCUAUUUGACUGGACGAGUUGAUAUGAAGCAAAUUGAGAAGACAAUUCAAUAUCUGAUUGGAUCAGGAAUGGAUCCAAGGACGGAGAACAACCCCUAUCUUGGGUUUAUCUACACCUCAUUCCAGGAAAGAGCUACCUUCAUCUCGCAUGGGAACACAGCCAGGCUUGCCAAGGAAUAUGGAGACUUAAAGCUGGCACAAAUAUGCGGAACUAUUGCUGCUGAUGAGAAGCGCCAUGAAACUGCAUAUACCAAGAUUGUGGAAAAGCUUUUUGAGAUUGACCCAGACGGUACCGUCUUGGCUUUCACAGAUAUGAUGAAGAAGAAAAUCUCAAUGCCAGCUCACCUAAUGUAUGAUGGUCGGGAUGACAACCUUUUUGAACACUUCUCAGCCGUUGCACAGAGGCUAGGGGUCUACACAGCAAAGGACUAUGCUGAUAUAUUGGAAUUUUUGGUCAAUAGAUGGAAUGUGGAGAAGUUAACAGGUCUUUCUAGUGAGGGGAAGAAAGCUCAAGAUUAUGUGUGUGGGUUGGCUCCACGAAUCAGAAGGCUGGAGGAGAGAGCUCUAGAGCGGGCCAAGCAAGCACCCAUAAUUCCUUUUAGCUGGAUUUUUGAUCGGGAGGUGAAACUAUAAGUGCUGCUUGAAAACUUUCAAUUGCAUUAUCUUGCCACUCCUCCUUAGUCGUAGCUACAUACAGGAAUUUUCGAAUUGCAUUUUCACUUUGAUUCCAUUGAUUUCUUCCUUUUGUUUGAGAUGAGGAGGGCUUUGUUGUGGGUGCAGAUUGUAUAUACUCUUUGGUUUCCUUGUCCAAUCUCAUGAAAUCAUGCAAGAGAAUAGAUAGGUUGCAUUGGCUUUUCCCAUGGGAAGCUUAUCAAAGGGUCUUUGUAUGAGUGUGUUUAUAUUUUUGGUUUAAUAUAAUGAUAAUUCUACUGAUUAAAAGUAA